AUGGGCGAAAAGAAAAGCGGACUCAGGGGCGUCUUUUGGGACGCCAAGACCCUCCGAUGGCGCUCCCAGAUCGGCUUCCGCACCCGCAAGGUGUUCAACGGCUACUUUGACACUGUGGAGGAGGCCGGCCGCGCAUACGACAUGAAGUACUUUGAGCUGCACGGCGACGACGCACGGGCGGCCGCAGGCAAGACCAACUUUCCUGUUGAGGACUACUGCCCCGACCUGCACACCGCCGCCGGCCGCCCCGUCCCCCCAGAGGUCAGCGCGCGCGCCGCAGAGAUUUGCGCCGCGCGUGCGCGCCGCGAGGCCGACGCGGCGGCGGCCGUCGCCGCUGCGGCGGCGGGCGGGGCGUCCGAUGAGGAGGGCGAGCAGGGCGGGGAGCCCCAGCAGGAGUCGCUUGGGGCGGAAGCAAUGGAAGCUUCGGAGCAGCUGGCGGUCCGCAGGAGCAAGCGGCGCGCGGCGCAGUCGAACCUGCUGGUGCAUCUGGGGGAAGACUUUGUUUACGACGGCCCCGACAGCAGCGGCGACAUGCAGGAUGAGCCUGGCAGCGGCAGCAAGGGCAGGCCUGCCCCGCGCUGGCGCAGCUCAGCGGCGACGCCGUGCUGA